AUGGAUCUGAAUCUCUUCAACUACAUGGAGCCAGAGAACCUCUCUGACUUCAGCUGGCCAUGUAACAGCAGUGAUGGCAUCCUGGUGGACACGGUGCAGUGCCCCAUCAUGCCCCACAAGAGCAUCCUGCUCUAUGUGCUUUCCUUCAUCUACAUUUUCAUCUUUGUGAUUGGCAUGAUCGCCAACUCUGUGGUGGUCUGGGUGAACAUCCACACCAAGACCACAGGCUACGCCACCCACUGCUACAUGUUGAACCUUGCCAUUUUGGACCUGUGUGUGGUCCUCACCAUCCCAGUCUGGGUGGUCAGCCUGGUGCAGCACAACCAGUGGCCCAUGGGUGAGCUCAACUGCAAGGUCACACACUUAAUUUUCUCCAUCAACCUCUUUGGCAGCAUCUUCUUCCUCACCAGCUCCUCCAGCCACAGGAAGAUGGGUCGCAUCCUUUGUGUCCUGGUGUGGCUGCUAGCCUUCUGUGUGUCUGUCCCUGACACCUACUACCUGAAGACCGUCACAUCUGCUUCUACCAAUGAGACCUACUGCUGGUCCUUCUACCCUGAGCACAGCAUCAAGGAGUGGUUGAUCAGCAUGGAGCUGGUCUCUGUUGAUUUGGGCUUUGCCAUCCCCUUCGCCAUCAUAGCUAUCUUCUACCUAAUGCUCACCAGAGGCCUCUUGGUGUCAGGCGACCAGGAGAAGCACAGUAGCCAAAAGAUCAUCUUUUCCUACAUGGUGGUCUUCCUGGUGUGCUGGCUCCCCCACCACGUGGUGGUGCAGCUGGACAUCUUCUCCAUCCUGCACUACCUCCCCUUCACCUGCCAGCUGGAUAAUGCACUCUUCACAGCACUGCAUGCCACACAGUGCCUGUUGCUGGUGCACUAUUGUGUCAAUCCCGUGCUCUACAGCUUCAUCAACCACAGCUAUCGGUACAAGCUAAUGAAGGCCUUUGUCUUCAAGUACUCUGCCAAAACAGGACUCAGCAAGGUCAUUGACACCUCCAGAGUGUCAGAGACAGAGUGCUUGGUGCUGGAGCAGAACACCAAAUGA